ACUGAAAAGACUGUUAUGAACCACGUGAUCAAGCAAGAUUUAAACAGUCAAGUUAAAUCAAGCUGGGUAAUCAUGGCAGAAGGAGGAUUCGAUCCCUGUGAAUGUGUUUGCUCUCAUGAGCAUGCGAUGAGAAGGCUGAUCAAUCUGUUGAGGCAGUCCCAGUCCUACUGCACAGACACAGAAUGUCUCCAAGAAUUACCAGGACCCUCUGGUGAUAAUGGCAUCAGUAUUACCAUGAUCUUAAUGGCCUGGAUGGUAAUUGCAUUGAUCUUGUUUCUACUGAGACCUCCUAAUCUUCGAGGAUCCAAUCUAACUGGGAAGCCAACCAGUCCUCAUAAUGGACAAGAUCCACCAGCCCCUCCUGUGGACUAACUUUGCGAUAUGGGAAGUGAAAAUAGUUAACACCUUGCACGACCAAAUGAACGAAGAUGACCAGAGUACUCUUAACCCCAUUAGAACUGUUCUUCCUUUUGCAUCUGCAAUAUGGGAUGGUAUUGUUUUCAUGAGCUUCUAGACAUUUCAUUUGCAAGCUUAUUUUUGCCUCCUGUGUUAUCACCAUUCCUAUUCACGGUGUAUUUGAGUAAAUGAUUAUAUUUUUAAAAAAUUACAUGGGCUUUUUGGUUACCCUAAACUCAAACAUUCCAUUCAUUCUAUUUGUAACUGUGAUCACAAUUUUGGUGAUGAUUUCUGGCCUGAUUGAAGGAAAUUUAAGAUCUCUGCAUUUAAAUAUUUUAAAUAGUUUUGAUAGAUUUUAAGGUUGCUUUUUUCAUAGGCUAUUUAUAAAGUUAUUUGGGGUUGUCUGAGGUUUUAUGAAAGAAAAUUAAAACCACACUAUAUUUCUACUUACCUUGGUAGUUUAUUUGUGUGUGGGUAGCAGUUCUUGGGACUGUGGCAGCCUUUGGAAUAUUUUACAAGUUACAGCUGAAAUCUGCAUCAUCCAUUACAACUGGCUUAUGUGACUAGAAAAGGAGGAGAGAAUAAAUUAUAUAACUGUUUACUAAGGUUUUCAUUCCCAUAAAAAUGUCUAAUAUUAAGAAAACUUUAAAUAAAUGUGAUUUAAAUAUGGUGGAUGAUUUUCAGCCCAUUAUAUGACAUAUGAAGCCACUGUAUAUUAACUAGCCUUACAAGGUUCAUGAAAGGAGGAAAAUAGUUCAUUCUUUUUGCCUUUGCCAGGUAUAAUCUAUUCAGUAAUAAUUUAAUCUGUAAUUUAUUUCUUAAAUGAGUGCCUCUCAGAAAGCUUCCUUUUUGUUCAGACACUUCCCUGUUAAAUGAAACUCUUAAAGCUAACUGUAUGGGGAGCCUGUUUGCUUACUGACAUUUGAAUGCUAUUUGCUUAUUUACUCUAUUUUCCUUUGAAGAAAAAUAAAUUUUGAGUAUUUUGUGGUCCUUCUGACUUUUAAAAAUAUUUAAUAAAUUCUUGGUUUACUCCAAGGGAAAAGGAGAAAAAUGAGGAACAAUCAAGGAUUUUUUUCUUACCCUGUAUCUCAUUCUUAUUUUGGUAAUGGAAUGGAUUGGGGUGGGGAAAUAUAGGCAAAAUUUUGAACUGUAUGAAAAGUAAAAGGUUGCAUUGUUUUGGUUAGUUUGAAAGAAAAUGAAUACAAAUGGCAUUUUAAAAAGG